GAGUUUGUCGAGACGACGCCGUUCGCUUGUUGCAAGUUUACGGGGUUGACGCCCCGUUUGCUGUAUCACGUGGCCAGAUUGAGCGGGAUCACUAAUGAGACGUCGUUGCCCAGCUAUGAGCUCACCGACGACGAACAGGUAUUGCUGAAUCCUUGCCCUUCGAAAGUUCAGAAAGUAGAUCAUUUCCGGUGCAACUCGGAUUCCCAAAUUCACACGCAAAAUAUGACAGAACGUCCCAGGACUAUCGACUCAUUAACCAACGAAAUGGUCUCCACCAUUAUGGGCGAGGUGAAGCGAAUGAAUUCGGAAAAGAUCUCCGGCUCGCAGAGCGAAUCAACCAUCAAAGAUGGCGGCGUCGAGGAGGUGGAACGCAGCGAGAGCGACCACGCUGAGGCGAAAUUAUUGGAAAAGCGGUUGCUCGACUUGGAGGGCGAGUGCCUCAAGUCGGCCUUUUUGCAGUUCGCCGCCCUGAAAGUGUUGGGCCUGUUCGUGACGUCGAAUUCGUUCGCCGAGUUGUUCGUGAUGAGGGAUGACGUCGAGGCGGAGGACGUUGAUUGGUUCAGGGAGAUUAUGCGGGCGCUGGUGGAUAAGAGCAUAGAUCAGUGCAAGCUGAACAACAUAACGAGCGUCUCGGAGAUGGAACGAGCGCAAACCGUCCUCCACCUCGGCCACAUCAAGUGCAGAUCGGAGGAGGCCAACUCGCAGCCGUCCUCGUCCGAGCACCUGCCGCCCCCGGGCGUCGACGGCCACCCUUCCAACAGCUUCUCGGCGGCGGGCAGCUCGUCCAACGAGAGUUGCGAGGCGUCGCGCAGAGACAUGCUGCUGAGACCGCCGCGGGCGAGCAGUUCGGUGCCGAGACCGCCGUCGUCGUUGAACGUUUUCACGCCAGCGUUUCCUUAUGCUGCCGCCUUUUCGUCAUCUCUGAACGCCAACCCCAACUUCCACAUAGGCCAUCCGACGCGCAGUCGCCUCUUCAGCGGCACGGAAUCGGAAGAGAGCCUGUGGGUGCGCAACCCGUUCUUCAAUUCCCCACCGCCGCCGCCGAUAGCCGCCCCCCUCCUGGAGAUGGGCUUCACCGUCAAGCACAUCCAGAAAGCCUUGGCGGAGACGAAAAACACCGGCGAAGUGAACGCGCACGCCGUCAACGCAUUAGCGACCUGGAUGCUAGAACACCCGUAUUUGGAGGUGGACGAGGAGCCUUCGGCCAAUAGGUUGAGGUGUUUGGUCGCCAAACCUCAGGAUCUCGUCAGACCUCACAGUUUGGAUAGCACCGACAUCGAGUUUAUGCAGCGCAGAGGGCUCAGUUUGAGGCGGCGUCCUUGCUCGGAGCUGCGCAAUUUUUUGGACAGAGUCGACAGAGCCUUCCACGAUAGAGUGAGAGAAAGACUGCACGUCAGAGGCGAAGCUCAGCCUUUGCUGAGGAACACCUGUUUCGAGGACUCGGGCAGCGAGAAUGCCACGCCUACAGCUGCGACGGAAAGUGCGCAGCCCACCAACUCCUCCAACGUCAAAGUGGAAUCGUCCUGCGCCGUAUGCCCCUACUGCAAGCACCUCACGCCCGAUUUGGACGCCCAUUCGACCGCCCACCAUCGCGGUUGCGGCGUCCCCUACGGCAGGAGCGCUUGCGGCUGUCACACCGACGGCCAUUACGUGCUCUGUCGCAAAUGUACCGACAAACAUUCGCGAAGUGGCAACCGCGCCGACAAUCGAUUGCAUCUGCAAGCGCCCGACAUCGUGUUCGAUGCGGAGGAUAUGACCGAAGCCGAUAUACAGCUGGUCAGGUUUUCGGCGCCCGAUUGCGAGGAUGUGGAGAAGAUGAAGAGUUAUUUCGGUAUGAAGGAGCUGAAAGUCGAGUGCAUCGGCUUGGAUAGGUACGAUCCGCUGGGAGCGAACGCAGUGCCCAAAGUUACCGGCGAGAAGGACAAGAAGCAGGAGAGCCGGUCGAAGUUCAUCGGCAAUCAAGCCAUGUCGCUCACUAUGGCUCCCGAUAGGAUUUUGGCGCUCAAACAUCUGACAAGCACGAUGCACAUCUUGCUCUCCCGCACCAUCAUCCUCAAGGUCCUCUCCUUGCUGUCGAUGAGCUCCAACUACGCCACCCUGGUCGAUUGCCUCGACAGCAUCGGCCUCUCCGACAUCACGAAAGUCGUCAGACUGAUGACGCUCACCGCCAUGAACCGCGUCGAAAUCAGCGACGUGAAGAGCGCCCCCGACUUUCCCGACUUCCAGCUGCCCAAGGGCUUCUCCCAACUGAUCACGGACGUGCCCAGCGCCGCCAACGCAUGCCUGAACUACCUGAGCGUCAGCAUAGCCGCCCUGGCUCAGAACGAAGCGAAAUCCUCGAAUUUAGUGGUGGACAUGUGCACCAAAGACCUCAUCAUGUCCGCUUUCGGGGUGUCGGUCCCCAAGUCGGGCUUCGCCGUCACCCGAGCCCUGGUGAACAUUCUCUCCACCCACGGGGGCUGUUCGUUGAUGGAGGUGGCCAAAGAGGACGUCUCCCCUGAGCAGAACGACGUGGGGCCGUUGACGUUGGUCAAUGCGCUGUCCGCGUUUAUUUUGUCCAAUAAGGUGGAGCAGAGCAGCAAGCAAUGGGCCGCUCAGCAGCUGUUCAAGUGUUUGGCGACCAAAAUACAGAUGAUGUCGAGUGUGACUUCGGAUCAAGUGAACUUUGCAGACUUAUCCUGCUCCAUGCCAAAACUGAAAACAACCUACCUAAAAGGGCACGAUUACAAAGUUUCGACUCUGGCUUGGCACGAGAAGAGUCAGUUGUUAGCUUCUGCUGGCUAUGAUGGCACGGUGCGCGUAUGGGCCAUCGAAAAGAACAAACAACCCCACAUGGACACCAUCAUCGACUCAGACCCGCCCGUCGAGCUGCAGGGCAGACCGAUAUGCCACCUGAAGUGGUCGCCCACCGGCCGCUUCUUGGCCGCCGCCAACGAAAAUCUCCUCGACGUUUGGCCCAUGAAGAAGUGGGAGGAUGGUGAUCGGUAUGAUGGCGAUCGGUUCAUCGAGGAUCAGAAGGAGGCGGUGACGGGGAUGACGUGGCCGAGAAUGCGGGGUGAGGAGGGACAGGAGCGGGAUUAUUUGUUGGUCGGGCGGGCGGACGGAUCGGUGUCGAUGAUCGUUAUUCAAGAUGGGAACAGGCAAAUCGAAGUGUUGCAAAACUUUUGUUCGUCGAGAGCCGUCACGCACGUCGAUUGGCAUCACGAGAAGAGACCGUUCGCCGUCGCCUAUCAAGAUGGCACCGUCAAAUUGGGGUGGGUCGGCAAGGAAGAGGAUGCCGUCAGCUGUCAGGCGCACGACAACACGAUAACGGCGCUGCGGUGGGACCCGGCCGGCGUGCUGCUAGCUUCGGCUUCGAUCGACAUGACAUGCAAAAUUUGGAAGGAAAAUGAUGGACAGGUAUCGCUGCUACACGUCCUCGUCCAAUCCCGUUCGCCGGUCAGCGUGACGUGGUCGCCGCGCAUCGGCCGCACCGCCACGCCGCUGCUCAUCGCCAUCGGCACCGCCCGGGGCAGCGUGUGCGCGUGGCGGCUGCCCACCGAGCAGGGCCGCCCGCCGCCCGAGCUGGUGUUGAACGUGCGCGGGCACUCGACGGACGCCAGCGUUUCUGCGUUGUGCAUCGAUGAUAAGGGGAUGAUGUUGGCGAGCGGCGGGGGAGACGAGCAAGGCGGGGUGGUGAACGUGUGGUCGCUGCAUGAUGGUAGUCUGCUGUAUACCCUUACAGGUAUCGAAAGUGUCAACGCUCACAGCAUUUGUUGGCUGGACGAUUGCCUCUCGGUGGCCUUCUCCCGAUCGAAGCCCGUCUGCCUGGUGGAAUUGGGCGAGGAGGAGAUGGGGCGGCGUGCUGCCCUCGCCGCCGUCCGAUGCGGCUUGAUCAAGAAAGGCGUGCGCGGUCUGAAGGCGGCGCCGUUCUUCAAAAUGUUGGCCACCCUGCUGCCCGACAUCGUCGUCGGUCAGUACGAGGCGGAGAAGUUGGGAGUGCAGACCGGCUCGCACUUGAUGCAUUCGGUGUACCUGAAAAGCCUCGCCUCGCUAGUGGUCCUCCUCGACCUCGACAAGAUCAUCUGCUACAAACCGACCCCCUUCAACGAGAAAACCGCCGGCGAACCGGCGACCGACGCCCACUGGCUGCGCACGUUCAGCGUGGCCGCCCGCACCGCCCACAGUCUGAUCAGACGCUGCGAGCUGCCCGAAGAAGUCCUCGGGCAGCAUCGAGCGGCCGACGAUGAAGAGGAGGAAGAUGUGGCACCGUCGGCGAUGCAGAACGUGUUUUGGGGGGCGGAUCAGGACGGGCAGAUUAUGCAGUGGGUGGCGCAGCGGCCACAGGAUUGGCAGAUCGGAGGCAAGUACAAAGCGUACCUGUGGGGCUCCGACAGACACGGCCAACUGGCCGAACUCGGCUACAGCGCCUCCGUGCCCGCUUGCGUCGAGUCCUUUUCCACUGCCCGCAAGAUAGUUUGCGGCCAAAAUUGCACCUUUGUCGUGGCGAGCGACGGUUCGGUGUCGGCGUGCGGCGAGGGCAGCUACGGCCGUCUCGGCCAAGGCAACUCCGACGAUUUGCGCACUCUCAGCCCCAUCGCCAGUCUGCAGGGAUUCGUUAUCGUCGAUUUGGCCACUGCCGUGGGUUCGGACGGGCACAGUUUGGCCUUGGCCGAGAGCGGGGAGGUGUUCUCGUGGGGGGACGGGGAUUACGGCAAACUGGGGCACGGCAACAGCGACCGCCAACGCCGCCCGCGCCAAAUCGACGCCCUGCAAUUCGAACAAGUGCGAUCGGUGGCGUGCGGCUUCAAGCACAGCGCCGUCGUCACCAAGGACGGCAAGCUGUUCACGUUCGGCAACGGCGACUACGGGCGGCUCGGCCUCGGCUCCACCGCCAACAAGAAGCUGCCCGAGCGCGUGACGGCGCUGGAGGGGCAUCACGUGGGGCAGGCGGCGUGCGGUCUCAAUCAUACGGUGUGCGUUUCGGAGGACGGGAUGCUGGUGUGGACGUUCGGCGAGGGGGAUUACGGCAAGUUGGGGUUGGGGCAUACGACGACCAAGUCGGUGCCGCAGCUGGUCGAGACCAUGUGCAAUGUGGGCGUUAAGAAGGUGGGCUGCGGCACCAAUCUGACCGUCUUCCUCACCCGCCAAGGCAAAGUGUACGUGUGCGGCAUCGACAGAGUGCCCUGGCAGACCAACGCCAGAGACCGGUCGGAUUACCGGCCGCAACUCCUCACCGGCCUGGCCGAUUACAUAGUGGAAGAUUUCGCCGUCGGUACGGAGCACGUUCUUCUUCUCACCGCGUGCGGCAAAGUGCUGGGCUGGGGUAUGAACACCGAGGGUCAGCUGGGGUUGCCGCACGUGUCGCUGGUUAGGGAGCCGGAGGUCAUCGCCGAGUUGUCCAAUAAGGGCAUCAGACAGAUCAGCACCGGCAGAACGCACAGCGCCGCCUGGACCGCCCCCAGCCUGCCCCCGAAACUACCCGGCACGCAGCCGGCUGCCCUCACCUUCGCCCUGCCUGCCCAAAUCCCGCCCCAGUACGACCGCCUACAGGGCGUCCCGAUCAAAUCGAUCCGCGCCCGCCUCAAGUUCCUCUACGACUUCUCGGACAAACUGUACUCGUGCUGGCCGUUGCUGCCGCUCGGCGGGCAGCAGGCCGAGAUGCACGUGCCGCCGUUAGAGGGCGUCGUGUCGCCCAAGUUGCGGCCGCUGUUGGCGCCCAGGGUGUACACGUUGCCGUUCGUGAGGUGCAUCGGGAAGACGAUGGUGCAGGGGAAGAAUUACGGGCCGCAGAUUACGGUUAGGAGGAUAUCGCAGGAAGGUCGCAAGUGCAAGCCGAUCUUCGUCCAGAUAGCCAAGCAAGUGGUGGAGAUGAUGCCGCAAGACCUGCGGCUGCCCUUCAGGGCGUGGAAAGUGAAAUUGGUGGGAGAAGGGGCGGACGAUGCGGGCGGCGUGUUCGACGACACCAUCACGGAGAUGUGCCAGGAGGUGACGUCGGGCGUGGUGCCGUUGCUGGUGCCCACGCCCAACGCCCUCAACGACGAGGGCUUCAACAGGGACAAGUAUCUGCUCAAUCCGCACUUGGGCUCGCAGCAGAAUAUGGCGUGGUUCAAGUUUUUGGGUGUAUUGUUCGGUGUGGCUAUCAGAACCAGAAAACCCUUAGCGUUACCCUUGGCGCCGAUGAUAUGGAAGUUGAUUGUGGGAGAACCGUUGAAAAUAGAGGACUUGGAAGACACCGACUGCAUGUACAUUCAAAGUCUGCGGAGCAUACGGGACAUCCAUUUGUCCGGGGUCACUGAAGACUACUUCCACGAUAUCAUUCCUCUAGAAACCUUCGAGGGUACUAGUUGCACAGGAAAGGUGGUGCCGAUCGUGCACGGCGGUCGCCGCAUACCGCUCACCUUCGCCAACCGCGCCCAAUACUACGAGCAGGCGGUGGAGUUCCGCAUGCGCGAGUUCGAUCUGCCCAUCGCCGCCAUCAGAGAGGGCAUGUCGGGCAUCGUGCCCGUACCGUUGCUGUCGCUCAUGACGGCCGAGCACUUCGAACGGCUGGUGGGCGGCAGGUCGCACAUCCCCAUCGCCGUGCUGAAGAAGAUCGUUCGGUAUAGAGAAUUAGAUGAAAACCAUCACUUGGUGCAGUGGCUGUGGAAUAUUUUAGAGAAUUUUACGGAUAACGAAAGAGUUUUGUUUAUGCGGUUCGUAUCAGGCCGUUCCAGAUUGCCGGCCAAUCUGGCCGAUUUAUCGCAACGAUUUCAAGUAAUGAAAGUCGAGAAAGCUGUGAACGGAUUGCCGACUGCGCAGACGUGCUUCUUCCAGCUGCGGUUGCCUCCUUAUACCAGCCAGGAAAUAAUGGCGGAAAAGUUGCGUUACUCCAUCAACAAUUGCAAAUCGAUCGAUUUGGACAAUUACAUGUUGGCCAGGAAUACGGACCAAGGUGUCGGCUCCGACGAGGAGUGGAGUUGAUUAGGAAACGGAGGCGAUUAGGUAUCUAAAUGAAAUUAUAUUUGAGGCUGAAUUUAGGUUUAUCGGAUUAUGAGGGGGAUUGAUAAUUUAAUUAAUUUAAUUUAUUGACGGAUACCCUUUUUUCAGUUUGAGUUGUAUUUGUUGGCUUUCAUUUAUGUAAUAAAAUGAAUUAUUGGUUUCUGACAAUAUACAGUUCAUCUUAUGUACGAAAAAAAAUGUUGAGGAAGGAGUUGAUGCAAAACUCUGACAAGUGAGAAAAUAUAAACAACCUUUAUUCUGAUCCUAUUUCCUCUAAUGAUUUGCUAUGUUUAUGUUGCUACUAAAUUAUCAUAUUGAUUUUUUUCCUGCAAUGAGUUUUAGGCCCAAAACUGAAGGUUAGAGGAAUGUAUUGCCAUAGAGGAAGGUGAAUAAUUCCAUUUGAAUGACAAUCUAAAUGGAAAAAUGGCGUCUAAUAAUCUUCCAUGAACAAGAUAAUUUGGAACUAUGAAUUUGUACAUUUUUAUUUUUUCUUCAAAUAUUUACUGGUCUAUUGUUCAUCGCUACUCAUGAUUCCAAAGCAUGCUUUUGAUUAAUUUUUCUAACUUAACUUGCAAACAAUUCCCUAUAAUUUACUUGGUUGAAAACAUAAUUAUUAAUCAUGACAAGUUUAAAACCAUAGGUUUUAUUACUUUUAUGCAAAUGAUUAUUGUUUUAUUGUUUACAUACAGAUCAUUUGUGAUUUUUUUUUUCAAUUUUGAAGUACUGUAAAAAUAAUCUUCCACUUUCUUUGAUGCAUAUUAUAAAUAAAAUUGUUUCAAUAGGA